GGUACAUAAACUACAUUACUAUGUAUGCUGUGGGCAUGACAUUGCAUACAACUGCAUAUACACAAGUCUGGUAGAAUUGAGGCGUAGAAAGCUGGUAAGGCACUCCUGACUCCUCUAUUUUGAUUUCACCUUCCAAUAUUUUUUUUACGCCUUUGUGAUUUGAAGAAGUUACGCCUCACGUGGUUGUCAUGUGCAUUCUACAUAUGUCCGAUGCACUUACCUAAGGCUACCUUACCACCUAAUUACAUGUCAUUCAUGAAAGGUUUAAAUGUCCCUGUUACUAGGUACCUACCUAGCAGUUUAAUUCCUUUCCCUCCCUGCCCAAGUCUCCUACGUCAGCUUCAAUGCUAUCAAAUACUUGAACUCGUACCCCACGUACUUCAAGAACCGAUUAAAUUUUGUCUCGUGCUUGUACCAGUACAUGAGGCAUUCUUUAUAGACACCCAACGAGCUGUCAAGCCUCAAAUGAUAUAGGAUGACCUAAGGCAAGUAACUAUGAGGUUAUCCAAGUUUUAUCUUGCUCAUAUACUCUUCCCUUUUUAUCGUACCCCUCUAUCCGGUAGCACUCGCAAUAGAAAGGGUAUUUCAAGUGACCCUUCGUUAAUCUCGUUCAAUGUCUCAACAAUUAUCGAGAAAGGGUUUACACUCGAGUUAGCCAAUCACCCUUGGGAGAUGAGACCUAGGUAAUUCGAGGCUACUCGAAGCACGAGCCAUUACAUUCUUUGUCUGAAUUACCACGGCCGCGACUGGGCGAUAAGGGGGGAAAGAAUUUCAGCCUACGUCAACACCUGCAGCCCAAAUAGCUCAUACAUAUGCACAGUGCUGCCAUCCUGCUUUCUGAUUCGGGGCCACACCCGCGCCAGCCACCACAGGAACUUGGCUUCUCAUUUGUCUAAUCCAUUUCUACUAUCGUCAAUGCGAAGUUGACCUGGAAAUCAAGAGUAGGGAAGGAAAAGGGUCGAGUUGUUAAAAACGUCACCGACUUGAUUUCUU